UUUUUUUCUUCCCGAAACGCCCUCCCCGAACAUAGAAAUUCAUCAGGGUUUAACGCCUCUCCUAGGGUUUCUCUGUACAGUUCAAAUUCUUCUUCAGCUCUGAAAAUCAAUGGCGAACGGAUUGAUGAAGCUCACCACGAUCGUCUCUCGUUCCUCUAUUGUCCUCCGUCAAUGGCAUCAGUCCUCGUCGUUUUCUCGUCUCGGUGCUCAUGAAUAUCUCAAGGCAGCUGAGGUAAUUAGCAGAAGUGGGAUGAAUAUUUCUAAAGGAGUUGCUGUACCUACCAUUGACGGAGCAAAGAGGGCUUUACCAGAUACGUAUGUAACUGUAAGAGAGCUGCUUGGUCCACUGAAGUCAGGCGUUGCCAAACGAUCUGCUGGGUACGUGCGCGAUAUACCGAAGGAUACACUUGGAGCUACUGGUAUAGCUGUUUUAUCUAGACGGCAGGGUGCAAGGGGAUCAAUUGUCAAAUUGUCACCACUAGCUGUCGCUAGGAGUUGUGAUACAAAUGCUGGAGUGCCGUGCUUCGCUAGAUUUAUGUCGUCAAAAUCUUCAGAACAACGUGGGCAAACCGCAUCUGAGAGAAAAAAGGAAAUAUCGACAGUGGAGGAUCCAUUUGAUGCCCCCACAUAUAAUAUACCAGAGAAGCCUGUUACAUUUGCAGAGGGAGCAUCCUACAGUUUUAUCAUCCUUGCAGGGCUUGGAGUUGCAGCAGCUGCUGGCUAUGCAGUUUUUAAGGAGCUUAUAUUUCAACCAAAAGAGUAUAAGAUCUUCGGCAAGGCUCUUAAAAGGAUUCAAGAUGACAGCCAGGUUAGGGUAAGAAUUGGUUCCCCUAUAACUGGUUAUGGGCAAGAAACUAGGAAUCGGGCUGCUCGCCAACGUAUCCCUAAUAGGGUGUGGACUGAUGAAGAUGGUGUUGAGCGAGUAGAGGUGAACUUUUAUAUUCGUGGACCCCAUGGAGCUGGAAAAGUUUACACUGAGAUGUUCAAGGAUCAAGCGGAUAAGCAGUGGAAGUUCACAUAUUUGAUCGUCGAGGUGAAAUCGCCUUCUCCCGCCCAAUUGAUCCUAGAAUCUUAUAUGCCUGCCUGACCUUUCAGCAUCCUAACCCGCUCUAGAUUUUGUACUGAAUUAUACAUUAUUUAGAAUUAUCAUCUCAUGUUUAUAGAUUUCCUCCCUUCUCCCGCCCCAUUAAAUUUUUUGAUACGAUUAGGCCAAUUUUUCUAGUUCGAUAUUUCGGAUUACCUCCUUGCAAGAGAGUUCCAAUAAGUACUCACUCAUUCAACUUUCUUCUACUCGAUACAAGUGAAUCAGAAAGUUUUGCCCAUAGACGAUGCAGCCUCCAUUUCGGUAACUCGUUAUUGAUUCUCUCUUGCUGCUAAAUCUACCCUACCAAGGAUAGAUUUGUUCUUUCCAUGCUGUGUGUAUUUCUUUGUCCAGAAGUCCCAGAUUUUCUCAUGUUAGGCUCUCGCUAGAGUUGUAGUGAAACAACAAAGAAUCAACUGGAAAUUGAAGGUAUGAGGCUUAUUUAUUUGUUUGCUUCUUCUUAGCUUGUUUGCAUGCUUCGUUAAAAGGCUCAAUUUGCGCCCCUCACCUUCAUACAUUUCAUAAAGGCUUGUGCCAAUAAAUGGAUGGCUGAUGUUAUUCAA